CUGAUAGGAGGUUAUGAACACCAUGGUCGAGCUACAGAAGCUUUGCAACUUUUCGAAGAAAUGACAAGUGCCAGGGUUAUGCCAACACACAUAACUUUCAUUACUCUCUUGAGUGCAUGCGGAAAUGCUGGCCUUGUCUCUGAAGGAUGGAGGGUUUUCCGCACCAUGGUUCAUGAGUAUGGCAUUGCUGCUAGGAUUGAGCACUAUGCAGCACUUGUCAAUCUCAUAGGUCGACAUGGUGAGCUUGAUGAUGCAUUGGAGGUAAUCAAUAGCAUGCCAAUUGCUCCAGAACGAUCUGUGUGGGGAUCUUUCCUCGGAGCCUGUACAGCGAAGAAGAAUGAACAACUGGCUCACAUGGCUGCAAAGGCAUUGUCCAAGAUUGACCCUCAGAGUUCUGCUCCAUAUGUUUUGAUUCAUAACUUGCAUGCUCAUGAGGGGAGGUGGGGAAGUGCGUCUGUUGUAAGAGAAGAGAUGGAACGUCAAGGUGUUCACAAGCAUCCUGGGUACAGCUGGAUUGAUCUGCAUGACAAGGUGCAUGUCUUCAUCUCAGGGGAUACCUCGCAUCCCCUUAUCCAGGAGAUUUUUUCAGUCCUAAAAGGUUUCGACAUGUCAUGCCGAGAUUGGAGCUAGACGGUCCGAAGCUGCACAAUUCAAGAAACGUGGAGCUGAGCAAAGAAACUCAAUUCUCAUCACAGUAUUUGUCUGCCCACGAUCUAGUUCUAGAGAGAAUGGAUUGCAACGAAGAACAGAGCUUGUGGCCUUAUUGGCCAAGUGAUUGGCUUGAUAAUUUCCUGCUUGAGGAAGAAGCACUCUUCUCCAAUCUACCCUUCCCGAGCUUCUGUUGCGAACCAUUAUGCUCUACUGGCUCCGCCGUUAGGCAGAGUAGCACUCUUCAAGAGUUUGAUACAAACUUUGAGGAUGAUGUACAGAGGUAUUGGGAUGAUGACGGCAGAAAAGGGAGCGAGAAGGAGUUACCACUACUGUGUUACAGUGAGGAGAACGGAGCGGCAUCAAACACGAUGACAGCAGUCCCUGUUAGACCAGAAAAGGUGUUGACAUUCGAGCUUGUGUCACAGCACUUCUACCUGCCAAUCACGCAGGCAGCUCGAGAGCUGAAUGUCGGGCUCACCGUCCUGAAAAAGAGGUGCAGAGAGCUUGGGAUUCCCAGGUGGCCGCAUCGCAAGAUGAAGAGUUUGCGGGCCCUCAUCAACAAUGUCGAGGCUUUGCAGGAGGCAGGCAAGGCGAACGACGAGGAGCAGCUGAGGGCGAUGGUGGAGAUGCUGGAGCAGGAGAGGAGGCUCCUGGAGCAGAAGCCAUGUGUUGAGCUCAAGGAUAAGACGAAGAGGCUUAGGCAGGCCUGCUUCAAGGCCAACUACAAGAAGAGGCGGGUCUUUGCUCUUGGAGCUGGGGAGGCAUCGAAGUAGUGUUGAUGCAGUCAUGCAGAGCAUCUCUGCUUAUGACAGAAUAUAUAUCGUGCAAGUAUUUCUUCCAUGUUUUAUCAAUAGCAGUCUAGCGAGGUCUCCUACGUUCUUCUACUUUUCACUUUCGGCUAUGUAACCCUGAC